CAUUGCACGUUGGAAGAAACUUUCAAGAUGUCGUCUGCUCCAAGCUCAGCUGAUCUCCUUCACGUUGGAGGCGAAAGAACCUCAGGACAGGUCAUAAGAAACCAAAAUGUUACGGCCGUCACAGCCAUCGCAAAUAUUGUCAAAAGUUCUCUGGGACCAGUCGGUCUGGACAAAAUGCUAGUCGAUGAUAUUGGGGAUGUUACUAUCACCAAUGAUGGUGCCACAAUCUUAAAACUCCUUGAAGUAGAACACCCUGCGGCAAAGAUCUUGUGUGAGCUAGCCGACUUACAAGACCAGGAAGUUGGUGAUGGUACUACAUCCGUUGUUAUUUUAGCAGCAGAGUUACUCAAGGGAGCUAACGAGCUGGUUGCACAGAAGAUUCAUCCUACAUCAAUUAUUAGUGGUUAUAGGCUGGCUUGCAAGGAAGCAUGUAAAUAUAUCCAAGAACACUUAACCCUUAAUGUAGAUGACCUAGGCAGGGACUGCAUCGUUAAUGCCGCUAAAACAUCACUGUCUUCUAAGCUAAUCAACCAGCAAUCAGAUUUCUUUGCUAAUAUGAUUGUUGACGCUGUGACGGCAGUCAAGAGAUCAGGAAACAAGGGUGAAGCCAAGUAUCCUAUUAAAGGCAUCAAUGUACUCAAGGCGCAUGGUGCAAGUGCACAGGAAAGUGUUCUAAUUGAUGGAUAUGCUCUGAACUGUACUAUUGCUUCACAAGCAAUGCCAAAACACAUCCAAAAUGCAAAGAUUGCCUGUCUUGACUUUACUCUUCAAAAAGCCAAGAUGCAUUUGGGAGUCAGUGUGGUGGUUGAUGACCCUGAGAAACUUGACGCAAUAAGAGAAAGGGAGUCCACCAUUACCAAAGAGAGAGUGCAGAAGAUAUUGUCAUCAGGAGCCAAUGUUGUUCUGGUAUCAGGUGGUAUUGAUGAUCUGUGCCUCAAGUACUUUGUUGAAAAUGGUGCCAUGGGAGUCAGACGAGUCAAGAAGGCAGACCUAAAAAGAAUAGCAAGGGCUACUGGAGCAACAAUGGUACUGUCACUGGCUAACCUUGAGGGAGAGGAGAGCUUUGAUGCAAGUAUGUUAGGAAUGGCAGAUGAAGUACGACAAGAAAGAAUUAGUGAUGACGAACUGAUCAUUAUUAAGGGGACUAAAGCCAGGUCUUCAGCCUCCAUAAUCCUGAGAGGUGCAAACGAUUACAUGCUGGAUGAAAUGGAGCGUUCUCUUCAUGAUGCUAUAUGUGUUGUUAAACGUGUCUUGGAAUCUAAGACUCUUGUUCCUGGUGGAGGUGCUGUAGAAGCUGCUUUGUCGAUUUAUCUGGAAAAUUUUGCUACGUCAUUGGGUUCUAGGGAGCAGUUGGCCAUAGCUGAGUUUGCACACUCACUUCUAGUAAUUCCCAAAAUCCUAGCUGUCAAUGCUGCACAGGAUUCUGCUGAUUUGGUAGCAAAACUAAGAGCAUUCCACAAUACUUCUCAAAUCAAUGCUGAAAGAUCACAUCUUAAAUGGAUCGGACUUGAUUUAGUAGAUGGCACCGUAAGAGACAACAAGAAAGCUGGCGUUCUUGAACCUGCAAUAUGUAAAAUAAAAUGUUUAAAGUUUGCAACUGAAGCAGCGAUUACUAUACUCCGUAUCGACGACAUGAUCAAACUAGCACCUGAAAAGAAAGAAGAAGGAGGCUAUCAGCAAGCAUACCAAUCUGGACAACUUGGUUAAUGAUAAAAACUGAUAUAUUGUAGACCUUUUCUGGUAUAGCCAACAUGGUCCAUUAGGGUCUACCUUGGGUAUAAAUUUCUUGUUCAGCACACUUCGUAUGGUGUUGUUUAUAGUCCCCUUGCAGCACUUUGCAAUGCAGCUCAAUCUGGGGGACAAAACAAUAGGUUAUAAUUCUCAGGAGAUUGGAAUUCCUUGGUUURUCCCCCAGAUCGAGCUGCUUUCACAUUACAUGCAAGGCAUCUACACCCAAGCUAGAUCACAAUGCAUUAGGUUUAUAAACUCAAAAAGGGUCUAUAUUUUUGUAGUACAAGUAUGAACAAUUACUUCACAGGACAGUUAACUGAGGCUCAAUUUCAAACUAUUGUGUAAAGACAUUGCAGCUACUCUUGUCAUUUUUCUUGAUCAAGGCACCUCUAGAUAUGGCAUGUUUUGACAUCUGUCAAUCAAGCUAACAGUGGUUUAAGUAAAUUAAUUUUGAUUGACGAUAAAUAAUUCAUCUAAAAAUCCAGGCAUUUACAAGUUGUCAUGGUUAAUGCAAACAUUUCAACAUACUCUAAUGGUUGUUAUGGGAACAUGGUAAUUUGUAGGUGCUGGUAGGUGCAGAUUAGUGCUAAUUAUGUACAGGUUGCACUCUAUUUAAAAUAUCAAUUUCUAAAAAGGUGUACUUUAUAGUGUUCAAAUCCUCAUCAAUGGUUUUAUGUCCGUAGUGUUUCUGUAGUGCUAAUACACAGUUAGAAAAAGAAAGAGCUAUAGUGGAGCCAUGGUGUUUUACAUUUUGUCAUUCAAAAAUCCAGUUGACUAGUGAUAGUUCUUGUUCAUUUUGUACUUCUAUCAAAUUACUUUGCAGUGUGUUUAAGGAGUGUUGACAUCAAAUAAACAAACCAAAAGGAA